AGCUGGCGCCAUUGUUACUCGUUGUCACUUGUCAUACUCUCUCUGUCUCUUAGUACUUCUUUAUCUUGGAAAAGGGGAGGCCAGUUUGUGAAACUACCGUGGGCAUGGAUGCAUUGUUUAGUUAUUUCUUUCCUGGAGACUGUUAUGUUAAAGUGUUCCAGGAGUACCAGUUCUUUAAUCGAGAAUGCUUGACCAUAGCUCUUUCAAGGUGGCUGAGUUUAAGUGUCAUUUUAGGAGCAUUAGGAGUCAAGUUUCCACAGAUAUACAAGAUAGUAAAGAACUAUUCAACCGAGAGUAUAAGCUAUUUAGCUUGCAUUUUGGAAUUAGGAGCUGUGACAUUCUCAUCUACUUAUAAUUACGAAAAAGGAUUCCCAUUCAGUACAUGGGGCGAGAGUUUCUUUAUCAGUGUUCAAGUCCUCAUUAUCCUCAUUCUAAUGGCCGUCAUAAGACAGCAUGUGUUGAUCAUUGCCCCCUUUCUAAUAGCUUAUAGUGCCGGGGUGUGGUUCCUGGUGUCUGGUUUAGCCCCUGGCGGUCUCAAUACUACACUCCAGGCCAUUGUUAUACCUCUCAUGCUUGCUAGUAGGCUGACAACUGUACUGACUGUAUACAAUAAUGGAUCAACAGGGCAGCUCUCCUUUAUAACGGCAUUCCUCAACUUCAUUGGUAAUAUUGCACGAGUCUUUACCACCAUACAAGAGACAGGGGAUCUUCUACUGAUGGCAACGUUCAUUUCCUCGCUGACUUUAAAUUCCAUCAUUGUGCUACAGUUCCUCUGGUACUGGAAUGCAACCGCCAAGCAAAGUCGAAAAAGAGAUUAGGAAGAGAAUAAAACAUUGAUUGCACACAUGAAUCGUACAGUGUUUCAUGUAUUAAUAGUUAUUUUUGAUAAUUUCAGAAAACAUUUAAAAAAUGAUCAUUAUUAGAUCAUUAAUUAGAGCACAAAUCA